AUGCAGCGAAACGCCAACCUCGUGGCCCUACUUCUGACUUCGCGAUAUAUCCAUGCUGCAACACUGAAAACCUUGUACCGUCACAUCACGAUUCCUCAUUCUCGAAUCUUUGGAAAGUUCCUCGCGACCAUAUCUGUGUAUCCGACCCUCGCCUCAAUCGUCCGGCGGCUCGACUUUAGUCAUUUCAACCCCUCUACCAUCUUCUCCACUGCGAACGAGAGAGCCCAGACUCGAAAUUUGACUUCUCAGACGCUUCUAAACUGUCUCGAGCUGACUGUAGACUUACAAGAGUUCCUGGCUCAAGAGUAUAUCGAUGAGGAUCUUGGACCCGAUGUGAUUAAGAAGCUUUUUUUCGAUAUGCCCAGACUCCAGGCUAUCGACUUUUGCGGCUGCUCCUCUGCGUUAUUCAAAAGCUCGUUUUCUAAUGUACUUGAGGCACCGUGGCCCAAAUCCUUGACACUUGCUCGCAUUUCGUUCCAUAAGUGUCUGAAUUUGCCAGGUUCCGUAUUCGAAGCUAUCCUGCCUCGACUCGAAAGGGUCACCCACCUCGAUCUCGCUGAAACCAGAGUGACUGAUAAAGCGCUCCAGAGCUUACCUAAGACGGCAAGGCUCACUCAUCUGAACUUGGCCAAGUGCCGAAAGUUGACCUCUCAGGUGGUGGUGAGAUUUAUCACCACUCAUUCAGCGAUUACCAAGACCAUCACUGUCUUGAGCCUGGCUACCAAUGCCGGCAAUCGCUUCAUGUUGGCGGACAUAGACACGAUUAUUGCUCAACUAACACUCACCCUCCGAUCGCUGAGCCUCAACGGAAGCAGAAUGGACUCUUCCCAGCUUCCUCUACUUACUCCUUUGGUCCAGCAUUUGGAAGAGCUCGCUAUUGGUAAAGGCUUCAAUCUGCGCGAUAUUAGCAAUCUCUUACAUCAAUCUCGAGACUUUCAACCUCACAGUAUUCGAUACCUUGACCUCUCUGACUUAGAUAUCCUUAUUGGCAGUGCCAAUAUACUUCUCAGGCCUACCUCUGCUCCACUGCAGGUCAUCGAGCUCAACGAACGCGCAUAUAAGCAAGUAAUCAAGGGCAAGAAGAACUUUGAGCAUAUAGGAUGGACCCCUAAAGAGUUUGGUAAUCGUUACUGGUUAGCUCGAAUGAGUGCGGAAGGAUCUGCGGUUGAAAGUGGUGCCCGCUGGUGGAAGCUGGGUGCUGAAGACUGGGGCUCAAGGAAGGUCCCGGUUACAAAGGCUGAUAUUGGAGCAAUGUAUGGGACUUUCAUGUUUGGCCGAAAACUGUAG